CGCCUAUCUCUGUCUCUGUCUCAAUCUCAUCCCACCGCUCACUCCGUCGCAUCUCAUCCCAUCCAUGCCCCUACCCUCUCCCCAAUCCAAACCUGUCCAAACUUAUUCGCCGGCCCACCCUGGCCAAGUCCCCGUUCCAGUUCCCAGUGUUCCAGUUCCAGUUCCGGGGGGGUCGUCAGACAAGAGAGGGUGUGUAUCUACGCCCUGUGUGCAUGGAGGUGUACGUGUGUGUAUGAAUGCUCGUGUGGUAAGAUAGCGCGCGUAUGUGUGUGUGAGGUGUGAGGUGUGUGUGUGUGAGUGAAGCUCUGUCUCGUUGUCUCUGAUCUCUGAUCUCUCUCCCGCCCUUCCCUCCUUCCGUGCGUUUGUAUAUCUGCCGUGCAACUCCCCCUCCAUCCUCUCUCGAUUCCCUUCCAUCCAACCGUUCAUCAAGUCUACUACAUCUGCCGUCCGUCCGUACAAACGCAUCUACUCUGCCACUCGCACUCAGCAAGCCUAAAGCAACCUCUCACUCUCAUCUCACAUCUGAGUCUUAAGACAUCAUCACCAACCUCUUCCAACAAGCUAUCAGAACUAUAAGCCUGGUCGGCACUUGAACCCCAAAAACAUCAACCAACACAUCGGAAUCUCUUCAAACCCCCCAAACCCCCAAAAACCGCCAACAUGUCGCGCAUCACCGCCCCCGUCGCAAAGCUCACCCGCUCCAUCAACUCCGCCGCCACGGCCAGCCGCUCCAGCGGCCUCCUCGAGUCUCACUACAACGUCAACCACGGCGCCGUCCUUAUGCCGAAAUACGCAGAGCUCCUCCAGAACCGGAGCACCCGCGAGCACGAUUCCGCCCGCACCCUAAGCACAACCCACCGCCCAACCCCCCAGCCAACCCGGACCUCCCCCUCCGUCCGCCAAAUGCAAACCUUCUCCUCCGGCGCAUCCUCCUCUACCAACGCCGGCGGAAUGGACUUCACAAUCCUCCCCAUCUCCUACGACCCCGUCCCCAGAAACGAAUUCGCAGGCAUGCGCAUGCCCCUCCUCCCAGACUCCUUCACCACGAAACACCAGUCUCUCUACGAGCAGACCCCCGCCUCCGCCGCGGACGCUCUUCCUCUAUCCAAGCCCGAGAUCUCAAUCAUUGCCGCGCACCCCGAAAACGUCACCACCGCCGCCGCGUUGACUGAAGUCGAGGGCUUCGGCGUGGACGGCGUGGAGCUGAAGUGGGCCCACGACAGCGAGGCCGCCGCCGAGACGGAGGCGCACCAGCCCGGUUUGAGAGAUUUGUGGAAGGGACUUGUUGAUGACGUUAUGGGAUCGUCGCAGAAGCCUGCUUUCUAAGAGAAGGAAAAUUAGAAAUGCUGUGUGCUCCGACGCAAGGGUUGGGAAUGAUUGUUAUGAUGUGAGACUAAACAGCAAAGCGGAUGAUAUUACUUCAACGUCAUGUAGUAUGUGGACUUGCUUGGAUAGCAGUCGAGACAGUUCUUUUUUUCAUUUAUCGCUGGUUUAUAUGGUUUUAAUUGCGAUUCAGUUGGUAGGAACACCAACUUGACAUCCACAAUCGGGUACGAGUAGCAUUUCAAAAAUUCAAUGGCUCAGAUUUGGAUCUUGCUUAAGCAAAUCCAGCCCAAACUUCAC